CGUGACACACUCGGAUAUAGAGACACACCAAUGAGCCACUGCAAGACAGUGAGCAGGAAGACUACUGCAAGCUGGUCAUCAGGUGCUGGGUUGGCUUUCCACAGAACUGCAAUGCUAAGAAGAGGCAGAAACGGACGGGCUCGGCAUUUGGCCUGGAGUCAAACCUGGCAAGAGACAGAUGCCAUGGCUGUGAUCCAGUCAUCAGACAGAGAGGAACAGGAGGGUCGGACAGUCGCACAGAUCAGUGACUUGGAGCCUGAGGUGGAUUACCGGGCCGGUUUCCAGACUGUCUCUGAGGUGGUGGCAUUGCCAAGGACAGUACCAGUGAAACGGGAGUCUUUCUUCCACUGUGACCCAGAGGAAGAGCUCAGUCCGGCUCUUGGCGUCAUCAGUGACUGUCUCUAUGGGGAGGAGGAUAAGGGUUUUGACUGGGUGUGGGAUGACCACUGUAAGUCCUCUGGAGCCUUUCUGAGCUGUGACAACAGGAAGGUGAGCUUUCACUCAGACUACAGCUGCGGCACCGCUGCAAUCCGCGGCAACAAGGAGCUCGCAGACGGCCAACACUACUGGGAAAUCAAGAUGACCUCCCCUGUCUAUGGGACAGAUAUGAUGGUGGGAGUUGGAACUUCAGAGGUGAACCUGGAGAAGUUCAACUACAACUUUGGCAGUCUCCUGGGCCAUGAUGAAGACAGCUGGGGGCUCUCCUACACCGGUCUGUUCCAGCACAAAGGGGACAAAAUAAAAUUCUCUUCUCGGUUCGGUCAAGGCUCGAUCAUCGGAGUGCACCUGGAUACGUGGCACGGCACACUCACCUUCUACAAGAACCGGCACUGCAUAGGUGUGGCUGCAACAAGGUUACACAACAAGAAGUUGUACCCCAUGGUGUGCUCCACAGCAGCCAAGAGCAGCAUGAAGGUGAUGCGGGCCUGCUAUACACCCACCUCCCUGCAGUACCUUUGCUGUGCAAGGCUGCGCCAAAUGUUGCCGUGCUGCCCAGACCUGUUUAAUGCCCUGGAUCUGCCCCCCGGCCUGCGUGUCCUCCUCCACAUACAGCUGGGCUGGGUCUUCAGUCUCAGCAGCGGCCCCGAACCCUCAGAGGAGCAGGAGGAUUUCGGCAAGACGAGCCUGCCUUCAAGCCCCUGCCCCAACCUGAGCCCGAGCCCGUUAUCUAGUGCCUGUGCCUCCCCCAGCCCCUGCACCAGUCCGAUUCCCAACACAGACCCUUACCCGACACCUCAAACUCAUUCCAGCGCUUGCUGCUGUCCCCCAACUCCUCCCAGCAGCGACUACGAGAGCUGCUGCUCCGAGCCGGAAGAUUAUCAGUGCAAAAGGUGCCGUUGGACUUGACCACGUGGUCCAGCGGAGGAGAUGUUUGACAAAAAAGAAAGAAAGAAAGAAAAUUGGCACGCAGCUUUUCUACCGUUGCCACAAAUUUCUCCUUUUGUUGAUCACAGAGAGAGAUAUUUUAUCCAACAUUUGAGUGGAUCGUUGCUUAUUUGUUUGCUAUGUAAGAA